AACGGCAGAGUGCAGGGCGGGGGCAGGAGGGUAUACAGUACACAGCAUAGUAUCCUGGAUGGGAGCACAGUACAGGUGUUAACAGGACAAUGGCUAGCAAAAGUCUCCUAGCAUUAAGGGCUGAGUUGGAUGAGCAAACAAAAGAGAUCCAGAAAUUGCAAAAUGAAGUUGAAAAAGCUACACAGAACACUAUAAAUCAGCUCUCAAGAUCGUAUCAUGAGCAAUGCUACAAGCCUAACACUACUAAUACCCAAAAUGCAACUAGAGAAUCAUCUUCUUCACUAACAAGCAAUCCAAGUUUCUUUUCAUCAGCCCCACUCCAGGCUUUAAUAUCACAACGUACCCCUUGUACUGGACUAACAGUGAAUCCAGAGGAGAAUAAUUUAUCGAGAAAAUCAAGCCUAAUGCAGAAUACUUUGGCUGGAGCUAUCUGUUCGGUUGAUAUUUCCAGUGACAAGACAUUCCUGAAAGAUACUUCCUUAAUAUUUAAGGAUUCACUAAGAAGGUCUGAGCAGAUCAGCCAUUUUCAAGGCCUGCAACCACCUCCUGUAAGUCAGUCAGCUAGUGGGAUACAUUGGAAAAUUCAGGAACUGAUGAGAGAGAGAGCAAGGGACGUGGACACAAAAACAAAAAGUACAAUAAACCAAGAACAAGAAAAUAAACUCGAUGUCAAAGUGCAAGAACUUGAGACCACUAAUGUGAUUCAAGAGGAAAUGCUGAAACAGGCACGGGUAUACACCGAACUUCUAAAAGAGAAAUUACAGAAACAGGAUCAAAUACUCCAGGACACCCACAAAGCCAUCACAAACUACAAAAAGUCAGGAUGCAACUCUGACCUUAGUAACCUUGGGAUAGUGGUAGUCCAGACACUUCAGGAGCUUUCUGAGGAAGUGUCUUUUCUUAAAGAAAAAGUCCAGCCUGCAGAAAACCAAAUACAUUUUCUAAAAGGGGAAUUAAGCAAUAAAGAAGCUUGCCUGAAGCAGUGUAAAGAAAGCUAUGACAAUCUAGUUAAUGAACAUGAACAGGAGAGGGCGCUGUUGGCUGCUGAACUGAAUGCUGUGAGAAGCCAUGCAGAGAGCAUCCAGACUCAGUUGGAAACAUCUCAGCAUCAGAACGUGAAGCAUGCUGAACAUAUUGCCAAUCUUGAGUCAAAAGUGUCCCAGCUUCAAUGUGACCUUCAAAAUAAUAAGAAAGUUUAUAAAGACAAGGUAGAGGAGCUCAAAAAUCAACUAUUCUCUGCCAAUAGUGCACUAGAGGACCUGCGCAGUGAACAUGUUAAGUGCAAGCAAGAGUAUGAUGGCCAGCUCCUGCAGCUAAAUGAAGCCUUGAAGACAUGUGAACAACAGCUGAGCUUGGAAAAGGAGCAUAAAAAGCAAUUACAUGAUCGGGAGAUGGUCAGCUGUCUGACUAAUGAAAACCUACGGCGAGAGCUGAUGGAGCGAAGGAUUGAGGUGGAGAAACUUCAAGCAGUGGUGAAUAUGGUGAAGGAAGAAAGCCAGAAGAAAGCACAACAACAGUUGAGAACUAUUCAGGAGAAAACGUCAAGCUUGAAGUAUACAUGUUCCCAGCUGGAGUCCAUAAAGGCUGCCAUGCAGAAAACUUCAGAUGAGCUGGUAGCCAAAAGCCGGGGUUUAGACCUUGCCGAGAAGACUUUACUGGAAACAAGAAAUCUUCUGGCUGAAAAGGACAAGUCAUUGCAGAGCGUUGUGGAUGAGCAGAAGAAACUGCGUUUAUAUACCGAGUCCAAGAAACGUGAAGUCCAGCAAAUAAAAGCAGAAAAUAAGAAACUUAAUGAGAUGCAAAAAGACACUGAUACACUAAAGCUGCUUUUAGUAGAAAAGGAUAACAUGAUAGUAACUCUAAGAGGCCAGAUCGAGGCAAUGGCUCAGAUGAUUGGACAACAGAACCAGAAGGUGGAUGCACUGGAGACAGAAAAAUCCCAGCUCUUAGAUGAAGUAGCUGUAAAAAAUUCUGAAAUGAAGAAUUUAGUGGUAAGGGUUGAAAAAAAGGAAAAAAGAAUAGCAGAGCUGGAAGAACUAUGUACAGGAUUGGAGCUAGAAAAAAGUAAACAUGCUAAUAUGAACACUAAGAACCUUAUGGCUGUCAAGAAGAUGAAAAAAGAAAGAGAAGAAAUGAUGGUGGAACUAAAGAAAACACAAAGCAAUCAUGCAAAUUUAGCAGAGGAUUACGAAGUCUUGAAAAGACAAUAUGAGAGUCAGACAGGAGAUAAAGAGGACACAAAUACUAUGCUCAAAAUGCAACUGAAAGCAGCAAUUGCUGAACUGGAGCAAACAAAAAAUACUCUGAAUAUCGUGGAAGAUUGUGAUGGUCACACUGUGAGAAUUGCAAUGAGAAUGCAGAAGAAAAUCACUGCAAAGAGGAAACAAAUCGAUAUGUUACAGAGCAGGGUUCAUUUCUUGGAAGAAGCCUUAGCUAAUGCUACAAAGGAUAAACAUAUUUUAAAAGUUGAGAAAAAAAAGUUAAUGCAGGAAUGUGUUCAUGAAGCAUCUGGGAGGCACAAACUUUCUGGAACUGUUGAGAUCUUGAUGACUGAGAAUAAUACCCUGAAAGACAAUAUAACAAGAACAAAAGCUGCCUUGGAAAAGUCUUUGUUACAGUUAUCAGAAUGUCAAGCCGUAAACCAGCUCUUGGAGCAAGAAACAAUGCGACUGAGGUUACAGCAUACACUGGACUUACAGGAGCUUAAAAGACCUGCGUUUGAUUUAUCCAGCAGAUCACUGCAUCGGAGAACUGCAAAGUCCUUGCCCCAUUCUACAGUCCCUUCUCAUCCGCAGAAAGAGAAGCAGAUGCAUUUCUGUGAUGUCAUAAAUAUAAGUGAGGACGACGUGGUAAAGAGUUUAGAGGAUAUCAUUCAUCUUCCUGACAGUUUAUCUCCCUACAAAGAUGGAGCAGCUUUAAAUCUGAGAAAGAAUGCUAGCUGUCCGUCUGGACAUGUUUCCAAGGAACCAAUAAAGUUGAACAUAGCAGACCUUGAAGAUAAGAGCAGCACUUUGUCAGUCACUGAUACCGUGGAACCAUGCCGUGACUCUGCCCCCAAGAAAAACCCUCAUAUUCAAGAAUUUCGAUCUAGAUCUCCAGUCCACUGCCUGCUUACUGCUCCAGUCAGUAAUAUUGACAUCAGCGGAAAGUUUUACAGCCCUUACAAUGAGCAGGACUUGGUUUGUGGUGAACCAGUUUCUGGCUUUGUCACUGCUGAUUAUCAAAAUUUGCAACACAGAUUAGAAUGUUUGCAAACCAUUGCCAAUGAUCUACAGAUGAAGAAUAAAGAAAUGUCUUCAAUGUUUGGGACAGCAGACGAAAAUUUUUUUAUGUAAGGAACUUUGAUAGACAAACGGAUGGAUAACAAGUGACUGAAUAUGAAGAUUUAUUUUAAAUGAAAGUGGCUUAUGUUUUCUAUGAAAGCUAACCAUUUAUUGUCAAUAUCUGUAUACAAUAAUUAUG